UCUCAUUAACUAAAAAAAAAAAAAACAGUUCCUUUCUUUGUUCUUAAAAAAAAAAAGUUUUGAUUUUUUUCCUCUCUGUUCUGUUUCGUUCUCUCGUUAACAUCUGUGUGGUCGUCGUACUCGUAGCAGUAGAAACAAUGGAGGUUGAUUCAACUAAAUCCUAAACGGGUCCAAAAAAAACCCGAAAACCCGGAUGGACGCGGCGGCGCGACUGGUGGGCGACUACGAACUUGGGCGGAGACUCGGGUCAGGCUCCUUCGCCGUGGUGUGGCUAGCGAAGCACCGAUCGUCUGGCUUAGAAGUCGCAAUCAAGGAGAUUGAUAAGAAGAAGCUUAACCCUAAAGUCAGAGACAGUCUCCUCAAGGAGAUUUCGAUCCUCAGAACCAUCGAUCAUCCCAACAUCAUCAGACUCCACGAAGCCAUCGAGACUGGAGAUAGGAUUUUUCUGGUGUUGGAGUAUUGUAGUGGAGGUGAUCUUGCCGAGUACAUCACUCUCCAUGGCAAAGUGUCUGAACAUGUUGCUAAGCAUUUUAUGAGGCAGUUGGCUUUGGGAUUGCAAGCACUUCAAGAGAAGCAUUGUAUCCACAGAGAUUUAAAGCCUCAGAAUUUACUUUUGUCGUCAAAGGAAGUAACUCCAUUGCUGAAGAUAGGAGAUUUUGGGUUUGCAAGGUCUUUAACACCGGAGGCAAUGGCUGAAACAUUUUGCGGUUCUCCAUUGUAUAUGGCUCCAGAGAUCAUCAGGAACCGAAAGUAUGAUGCCAAGGCUGACUUGUGGAGUGCUGGUGCGAUUCUGUUUCAACUUGUCACUGGGAAGCCACCUUUUGAUGGGACUAAUCAGUUCCAGCUUUUUCACAAUAUUGUGAGAGACACUGAGUUGGAGUUUCCUGAAGAUGCUUUGAAUGAGAUUCAUCCUGAUUGUGUUGAUCUGUGCAAAAGUCUUCUACGCCGAGAUCCAAUUGAACGCUUGACGUUCCGAGAAUUCUUCAGUCACAUGUUCCUUCAGGAGGCAAGACAAACUCCGGGUGUUGCGCAUUCUGAUUCUACGGGGAAGUCCUCUUUACCCUCUGGACAACUUACUAGUACCAACCGAUUCAAAGCAAGUGCAGAGAAUGUCUACAAACAAGGGAGCUCCUCUAGUGCCUCACCUUCUCACAUUGUGUCUUCUGAGAAGACCAGGAAAGACACUGAGGGACAGUCUUCAUCGAAUCAGUUUGGAGUACUUGACUCGCUUGAGCUCAUAGAGAGGGAGUAUGUACUUGUAAACCGUCCUACCGAAGGUUCAUCAGAUUGUUUCGACACAUCACUUCAAGAUUCCGGAACACGUAACCUCUUACCAAAGAACGAUAAAGGUUCACUUGAAGCACAGAGACCAGCAAGCGGAUCAUCAUACCUGUUAACAGAAGUCCAACGGUUAACCAUCGUUCAUCCCCCAACCAAGCUCCAUCUUUUGCAUCAGUACGCAGAAGCACUUGCAGAAGUAGCUCAUGAGAUGGGCAAUGCAGGACAGGGGAAGGAGUCUUUUGCUGUUACGCUCGUCGUUUUAGCUGCCUGGAGAAAAGCUUUAGAGAUAUGUGAUUCUUGGAUGAUGUCCGUUGGAGAGGAGAGAGUGAAUCCAGCAGAUCCAACCACAGCUCCAGAGACUUCAAAUCCUGAUUUAAACUCACCAGCAGUAGCUAAAACUUGGGUGACACAAGAGUUUGUUACCGCGUUUAACCAGGCGGAGACUUCAUCAACUCAACUAAACCAAACAAGCGCUGCUACUCAUAUGCCUGAUGCCAUGGAAACAAUAUACGAGAAGGCACUAGCAUACGGCAAGAGUGGUGGGGCGGAAGAGUAUUUGAAUAACAAGGAAAGUGCAGGAAAGUUAUACAAGAAAGCAAUUCUUCUACUCACCUUUAUAAUAGAGGAAGCAGUGACUCUACCUCUGAACCCUCCUUUCUCAUUAACCUCUGACGACAAGAAGCGGAUUCUCUAUUACAUCUCUAACUUGCAGCAUCGUCGGUCUCAUCUUUAGCGAAAAAUCGACCGCAAACAUUGUACAGAAAGAAACUUUCUUGGCUCUGCCUUGGGCUUCUAUUUCAUGUUUUCUAUCUCUUGAAGGUUUUAAACGGGUUACUCUAUAUUUGAUGAUGCUGUGACCAAAAGUAUUUGCCUCCCCCCCAUUGUAUAGUGCAAUAUCAAAAGCUUUGCAGUACCA